AUGCGCAGCCUGAGGCCAUCAUGCUGGAAUGCUUUCAUCACAGGCGUGCAGGAGGACCGCGGCGGCUGGAAGGGCUACGUGACCAAGGCCUUGGGCUUCUCCAACGAGGGCCUUUAA